AGAUUCAUGAAUGUCUCAUUAUGUCCAAGCAAUUAUUUGUUAAGUAUAAAUAUAUUUUCAAUAGUAUUAACUCUGCCAAUGGUAAUAAUUUUUGUACUUUUAUGUAUUUUACUUACAAUUCAUUCGAAAACGUUUCACCCAUUUUUCACACUGUCCUUCAUAUUAUUAAUAUCUUCUUACGCAAUAUGUAACAUAUGCUUAUUACUCAGAUCCAUUUGUGAACUUUAUGAUGAAGAAAGCUAUUUUAUUGAUUACGUAGAUAAAGCAUAUUUAUGGGUCUACAUGUACAUUCAACCAUGUGUAGUGAUCGGUUUAAUCGAGCGACUUUGUGCUACUAUUUUUGUGAGCUCUUAUGAACAUUCGAGGCAUUGGUUUAUGUAUAUUAUUGGUCAAGGACUGGGGGUGGGUGUAGUGUAUUACGAAAACUUUUUAGUAAACAAUGGACAAUACAAUGAUACCGCAAAAAAUGUGCAAUUCGGAUUGUCGAUUUGUAUUUGUAUUUGCCUUGUUAUUUUAUUCUUUGUCAAUCGUCAUUUGACAUUCAACUCUCGGCACAAAUCUGUACUUACAGUAAGGUAUCAGCUAGCUGAGAAUGUGAAGGCUUUGAGAACUUUUGUACCAUUUGUUGUAGUGGAUAACUGUUUAUCAGUUCUAUUUGUACUUUCUAUGAUUUUGUUCAAAGUUGACUUCAACAUAGACCUAGAUGUAUGCAGAAGUCAUCCAGGGUAUACAGUUAGUUUUGCAUUAUUUAGAGCGAUUCUUCUAUUAACCCAACUAUUCAUGCCUCUUCUCGUUGUGAAACAGCAUAGUUCAAUCUGGAAUCAAAUCAAGCCUCUGAUGGAGAGAAGGAAACCAACAGUUCGUCAGAGCAUUGACCCGGAUCAGAAUAAAGUUCUUAAAAUUAAUAACGUACUUGGCAUAGAUAUUGUUGGCUCGAACGUCGACUACUUUACUCAACUCAAGGUGCAAUGGCUCACUUAAUUGUUUUUUUCGGGUUUUAACAUGAAUAAAUUAAAGUUUCACACAAU